ACUGCGCCGAUGCUGCUCGAGGAUGCACGUUUUCCUCUGUGCUGCUAGCAGCAUGUUGCGGUGAGAUGUCUGCAGACAUGGUGGCGCUCCAGGUGAAAUCAGCCGAGCCGGUCCGGACAGCCGGGAUCCUCCAGCAGAACCGCGAGUUCCUCGACUUCUUCUGGGACUUGGCCAAACCGGACCAGGAGAUCCGGUUGAGGGCGGUGGAAAAUCUAAUUAAAUACCUGAAAAACGGCAACAACGAGGAUGAGCUGGAGUAUACGGUCAAGAGGCUGGUGGAUGGUCUGGCUCACACACGAGAGAUGGCGAGGCCUGGAUUCAGCCUGGCUCUGGGUCAGCUCCUGAGCUCUUUUGAGGACCUCUCUCUACAGAAUAUCCUCGACAGGAUCAACGAGAAGCACGAUGUGCAAAAAGCCAAAAAGAAAUUGAUCAGAAAUGCUGCAUUUGGGAGCUUGUUUGGUGUCCUCGCUCUUCAUCAGUCAGGUCGCCUCUGUAAAGAGCCUCUGGUGGUGCUGGGUUGUGUGCAGCUUCUGCAGAACCUCAGCCAGCACAAACAACAUCUGAAGGACCUGCCCACCAAGACCAUGAUGGACAUUCUCACUGAGGUUCCUGAGAAGGUGUUUGAGGAGGUCCUGCUGAGCGCCCUGCAGGCUGACCUGGCGUCGGCCUUCAAGACCCCGGAGCAGCUGCAGCUGCUGCUGGUGGCGCUAGAGCGCUUCCCGCACACCCUCAAGCCCAAAAAGCUCAAGAAGCUGCUGGGCUCCUCCAACAUCAUCAACAAUGACAACAUCUCCAAGCUGACAGAGGUUCUGAAGAUGUCGGCCCAGUCUGUGAAGAAGGAGUGCAUCCUCCCAGCAGUUUUCCUAGAUCUGCUCAAGCUCUCCCUGAAAGAAAACAGCUUCCAGCUCUUCUGGAAUAAAGCCAUUGUGGAGGGAAUGUUCAAGCGGCAGUCGGGACCCACACACUACGUGAGCUUCCGCCUGUUGGGCAGCGCUCUGCCGUUCCUGUCCUUGGCCCAGCUCGAAGAGGUUUUGCACGGAGAGGUGAUGAUGCACUACGGCGAGCACGUUGUGUCCGCUCAGAAACAAGAGCGCUUCAAGUUGGCACCAGAGAUGGACGCUUAUGUGUCCAAAUUCCUGGAGGGCUGCAAGGAUGCGGACAAGCAGCUGGCGGUGAUGGUGGGUUUCUCCUCGCUCACUCACCAGGGCUACCCGGUGGUGCCGUCCGUGUGGCGCGUGGUGCAACACCUCCAUCCGGCAGCGCUGCGGAGCUACGUGGACUGGCUAAAGAGCACCUUUUUGCACCCAAGGAUGGACCAGCUGCUCAACUUCAGCACCCGCAAGCAGAAGGAGCGCCAGCAAGACCAAGAACAGAACCCUUCAUUCCGCCUGAGGAAGUGGAUCCUGGCCAGGCUGACCUCCAUUGUGGACAACCACCAUGUGAAGAAGGACGAAAAGCUCAUCAUGGAGGUGGCCAGGUUUGUCUUAUUCCACGCCUUCUUCAGCACCAAGAAGACAUGUGCAGACGUUCCAGAGACGGAGAAGACGCUCCAUGUCCCGCUGGACGACUCAACCAGACUAGUGCUGGUCAAUUCCUUCUUUGGACUCCUGCUCUCCAUGCACAACAUGCCUCUGGCUGACGACACAGCAAAAGACCAGGCAGUGAGCCACAAGCGCACGCUAGGCGUAACGGCUGAUGGCACCUUGUGGAUCUACCACCUGGUCCAGUACGCACAAGUCCUGCUCAGCCAGCCCAAAUUUGUGCAGAGCGUCCAGGCGUUCAGUCCUGAGCAGAGGCAGGCCUGGGACAGCAUGCUUCAAUCGGUGGCGAACUUGAAGAAGAAAUCCAAGAAAGGUCACUCGGCGGAGACCAGCGCCUUCCAGCAGCUCUUCCUCUUGGUCGGCCUGCAUCUCUUCAAGGCUCCAGAUGAGCUAUUGGACAUUAUGAAAGACCUGCAGAGCUGUGUGGACAAGGCCCAGGAGAAGACGGUCAAGAAGAAAAAGAAGAAACAAGCCAGCGAACAGGAGGGGGCGGAGCCAGAGUGGGUGGAGGUGCUGGUGGAUAUCCUGCUGUCCCUCCUUUCACAGCCGAGUCGACACAUCAGGCAGGUGUGCAAAACUGUCUUUGCCUCCAUUUGCCCCCAUGUUACCGCCGCCGCCCUCGCAGCCGUUUUGGAUGUUUUGGAUCCAAACCGAGACAGUGAGGAAGACAGCGCUUUCGUCGUCGUAGAGAACAGCGAGAAAGCCAAGAAGGAGAAGAAACUGGGGAAGGAAGCGGAGGAAGAGAAAGAUGAAGAGAUGGAUGAGGAGUCUGACACGUCAGAUGAUGACUCAGAAGAAGAGGAAGAUGAAGCAAUGGAGGAGCAGGAGGUGGACCAAAACUUCAAAAUGGAGUUGAUGAAGGUGUUGCAGCAGAAGAACGCUUUGGCCACAGUGGAGGACGUCAGUGACGACGACGACUUGGACGAUGAUGCCAUGAUGGAGCUGGACAAGAGCCUGUCGGCGCUCUUCUCAGAGCAGAAGAAAAAAACACAGGCAAAAAAGGAUGAGAAGACCAAGCUGCAGAAAGAGAAGACGCUGGUGCGUGACUUCAAGAUCAAGGUGUUGGACCUGGUAGAGGUGUUCGUGGCACGUCAGGCGGGAAGCCCUCUGAUUUUGGGCCUGGUGGAGCCUCUGCUGUCAAUCAUCGAGCGAGGGAUGAGCUCAGGCAGCGAGCAGCAGGAGCAGGACUUUCUCCGCAGGGCUGCGGACAUCUUCAAGAACCAGCUGUGCAGGUCGAAGGUGUACUGCAAGACUGCUGAUGACAGACAGGGGGAGCUCCAUGACCUGCUCCACAAGCUGAUGGAGAAAACGAAGAAAUUGUCAGACUCCUCCGUCUGCCUCUACUACUUCAGUGCCUGUCUGUAUGUGGUCAAAGUGCUGCGAGGAGCGCCGGCUGAUGCCGACUUGAGGUUCGUGGGCAACCUGGACGUGGAGCGAGUCUCGGCUAUCUUCAGGGAGGCGCUGGGCUCCUUCAUGAGCCGCAGGAAGAGCCCGCUGACCGCCCAGAUGUUCACCGACUUGUUCAACAGGUUCCCGGUUUUGUGUGUUCACCUGUUGGACAUGACAGUCCAAAACAUCAUAUCAGGGGUACGAGAGCACCAGCAGGGCCAGGCGUGUGUGUUGGUGCUGCGGGCCAUGCAGAGCAGGGAAGUACAGCAGCUGAUGAGCGGUCCUCCGUGGGCGGAGCUCUGCGCCAGUGUGGCGACUCAGUUGGCCACGGCUCUCAAGCUGUCAGGUCAAACGGAGAGCAAAGUUCUCAGGGAGAAGGUGGUGAAGCUCCUGGAGCUCUGUCAGUUCCUCGUGAAGCAUGUCCAUCAGCAGGUUAAGGUGUCCGUGGACCUGGAGCCCCUCAAGAGGGUCUUGCACUCCCUCACGGACGACCUCACCUUCAAGAAGACGGGCUCCCUGGAGGACACCUACUGGAAUGUGAUGAAACACUUUGGAGUCACGAAGCCCAAAGCAGAAAAGACAAAGCCUGACAAGGACGCUAGCCAGCCAACGCUGCCGCUGCAGCCGCCUGCCAAAAAACAGAAGGGCUUCCUGCCAGAAACCAAAAAGAGGAAAAAACGCGAGCAGCCUGUCUUGGAGCCUGCAAUGGCAGCAGAAACAGCAGGUGUGGACACUUCUGGCCCAGCGGCGCUGAAAGGAGACAACAAGAAGAUAAAAAAUAACAAGAAAAAACAAAAACGGCCGGCAGGUGACGCCGCAGCUUCGCAGGCCAGCCCGGCCAAGAAGAGCAAAACACAGCCUGAGAGCAAGCCAGUGAAAAAGAAGAAAAACAAACAGAAGAAAGAUGGAGGAGGGCGCAUUUAAAGCCUCCAAUCACACAUGGACACCACUGGACUUUUAAUACGAUUUUUUCUUUUGUCCCUCCAUUAUCAGCCUCCUUUUUUCUCUUGUUUUUCAUCGUCUGACCUUGACCGGCUGUCUAUAAGAGUGUGUAGGACGCCAGUGUUGAAAGCUUAUUUUUCUAAUGCGUGAUGCUAUUAUUAGAAAAAAAUCCCAAAACAACUGUCGCCCACAAUAAAUACUUUUCUCCUGCUGGAAA